CCACUCAAGCGGCCAUCACCGCGAGGCGGGUCAAGAUCGGUGAGAGAAGAAGCAAAUACUAAUUUUUUUCUCUUGGUUCCGUUCCGGGGCGCUUCAAAAACCGCCAAUCGGCCGGGGCCAGAUAGAUGUCUCUCGGCCACAGCCGCAAAUCCGCGACCACCAGAUGGAUAGAGAUGCGUACCGAGGGGUUUUUUUUUUGUGCGCUCUGUUCCUAUGACGAACCUUGCGAACGGGGUCUGCAUCCAGCCGGCGUUCGCGACACCCGUCCCCGCUUCCCCGACUCGAUUGACACGACACAGCAAGAUAUCAAUCACCAUUCUUGUUCAACACACCUUUUGGUCCUGCGAGUUCCCUCCACGGCUAGAUGGGUUCCCGCGCGGGGCGGCCAUACGGCUUGCGUCCCCGGCUGCAGUGUAGCCUCUCACAAAUCUCUCCGCAAUCCAAUCUCGGUCAUAACAUCACCCUCUAGCCCACAGUUCAAAAGCGUCUUAGACACGCAGGGGGAGGAGGGCCGAGCCAUUCCGCGACGAUACCAGAGGCCCAAAAGUGGUAUUGGGCAAGCGGAAUGGAGGAGAGAGCGUGUUAGAUCGACCCAGUUGCUGCUUUCUUCGUCCAUUUCGAAACUCCUCCGGGGAAAUUUUACCCCAGCCUCAGAAGGAAAUGCACGUGUAAAGACCUGUUCCGCCCCUCACAGCAACGGUAUCGAACGGUAUCUGUCUAGGCCCUCCCCCCACGAGAGCCGUUCAACGCCCACGCUAAGAAAGGUUUGUCUAUCACUGUGCCACCACCCCAUACUGCAGACAUGCCCAACCACGCGGCAGAGUUGGGGAGCAAGACCCUGUUUUUUUUUUUUUUUUUUUCCGCCAAUCCAUAAACCAUUUUGACGUCGCCUUUCAUUCGUCGUAGCCCCCCUCUCCCCUGGUGGUCCCCUUGUCCUUUUUCUUGUGUCGCAGCAAUCAGAAAACUUG